AUGAAUCUCUUACCUAAGAGCUCCAAGGAGUUUGGCUCCGUGGACUAUUGGGAGAAGUUCUUCCAGCAGCGCGGAAAGAAAGCUUUCGAAUGGUAUGGGACUUACCUGGAACUGUGCGGGGUGCUGCACAAGUACAUGAAGCCCCGGGAAAAGGUGCUGGUGAUUGGGUGUGGUAACUCGGAGCUCAGCGAGCAGCUGUACGAUGUGGGCUAUCAGGAUAUUGUGAACAUUGACAUCAGCGAGGUUGUCAUCAAGCAAAUGAAGGAACGCAAUGCCAGCCGACGGCCCCAGAUGAGCUUCUUGAAGAUGGACAUGACCCAGAUGGAGUUUCCGGAUGCCUCUUUCCAGGUGGUGCUAGACAAGGGCACCCUGGAUGCUGUCCUGACGGACGAGGAGGAGAAGACCCUGCAGCAGGUGGACAGGAUGCUGGCCGAGGUUGGCCGUGUCCUGCAGGUGGGCGGUCGCUACCUCUGCAUCUCCCUGGCUCAGGCUCACGUCCUGAAGAAAGCAGUGGGUCACUUCUCCAGGGAGGGGUGGAUGGUCAGGGUGCAUCAGGUGGCCAGCAGCCAGGACCGGGUGUUGGAAGCAGAGCCUCGGUUUCCCCUGCCUGUCUUUGCCUUCAUCAUGACCAAGUUCAGGCCGACCCCUGGCUCCGCCCUUCAGAUCCUUGAGCUGUGUGCUCAGGAGCAGGGCAAGCCGGUGCGGCUGGAGAGCGCUGAGCGGCUGGCCGAGGCAGUGCGGGGGCGUCAGCAGUAUGCCUGGCUGUGCAGCCAGCUGUGCCGCAAGGCCGGGCUGGGGAGUGUGUCCCUGGACUUGUGCAGUGGGGACACGGGGGAGCCACGCUACACCCUCCACGUGGUGGACAGCCCCGCCGUGAAACCAUCGCGGGACAAUCAUUUUGCCAUUUUCAUCAUCCCCCAGGGUCGGGAGACCGAGUGGCUCUUUGGCAUGGAGGAGGGCCGGAAGCAGCUGGCGGCCAGCGCUGGCUUCAGGAGGCUGAUCACAGUGGCCCUGCACCGGGGUCAGCAGUACGAAGGCAUGGAGAGCAUCCAGGCCGAGCUGUCGGCCAGAGUCAUGGAGUUGGCCCCGGCCGGGAUGCCCGCCCAGCAGCAGGUGCCUUUCCUGUCUGUGGGUGGAGACAUCGGGGUGCGGACCAUUCAGCACCAAGACUGCAGCCCCUUGAGUGGCGACUACGUCAUUGAGGACGUGCAGGGGGAUGACAAGUGCUACUUCCGGCGGCUCAUCUUCCUCAGCAACAGGAACGUGGUGCAGUCAGAAGCCAGACUGCUGAAGGGUGUGUCUCACAGAGCCCAGAAGAAGCGGAAAAAGGACAGGAAGAAGCAGUCACCAGCUGGUACUCCAGAGGAGCCCCCUGCAGCCCCGGGGCAGUCCAUCGAUAAGAGCUACCUGUGCUGUGAACACCACAAAGCCAUGAUCGCCGGCCUGGCCUUGCUGAGAAACCCCGAGCUGCUCCUAGGGACCCCGCUGGCAUUGCUGGUGGUAGGCCUGGGCGGGGGCAGCCUGCCCCUCUUCGUCCACGAUCAUUUCCCAAGGUCCCGCAUCGAGGCCGUGGAGAUCGACCCGUCCAUGUUGGAAGUGGCUACCCAGUGGUUUGGCUUCUCCCAGAGCGACCGGAUGAAGGUCCACAUUGCAGAUGGCCUGGACUAUAUCACCAGCCUCGCGGGAAGAGAAGGUACUGCUGCUGGAGAAUCACGGCCUCAGUACGACGUGAUAAUGUUUGAUGUGGACAGUAAGGACCCAACACUGGGAAUGAGUUGUCCACCCCCAGCCUUUGUGGACCAGCCCUUCCUGCAGAAGGUCAAGAGCAUCUUGAGUCCUGAAGGUGUCUUUAUCCUCAACCUUGUGUGCCGAGACUUGGGGCUAAAGGACUCAGUGCUGGGUGGGCUCAAGGCGGUGUUCCCCCUCCUGUAUGUCCGGCGCAUCGAGGGGGAGGUGAAUGAGAUUCUGUUCUGUCAGCUGCACCCCGAGCGGAAACUUGCCACACCAGAGCUCUUGGACAUGGCCCAGGCCUUGGAGCGGACCCUGCGGAAGCCAGGGAGGGGUUGGGAUAACACCUACGUCCUGUCUGAUAUGCUUAAGACUGUGAAGAUUGUGUGA